GCAUGGCACGAGAGUCGGAUGCUCUAUUCGUGCCCCGUCUGUGGACGGCAAUUCCGGCAGAACACUGGUCUGUGGCGCCACCAGAGGACACACAACCCGGACCUUCCCAAGCAGCGCUACCCUUGCCCCCGGUGCGGCAGGGACUUUGCCAGACCGGGCUACCUGAAAGAACACCUGGCCUCCCACGACGAGUCGCACAAGGGCCGCUUCGCGUGCGACAUCUGCCAGCGAACUUUCCUGCAGAGGUCGGAUCUGAGCCGCCACCGGAAGACGCACGAUGGCGAGCGGCGGUUCGAGUGCACCGUCUGCAAACGAGGGUUCUCGAACCCGUCGAGCCAGAAGCGGCACGAGAAAGAGCAUGACCCAGCGCAGAGGGCGCUCUGCCCCGAGUGCGGAGCCACGUUCAAGCGCCCCUGCCAGCUGAAGGAGCACGUGGUGAAAUACCAUGGUGAUGCGGCACUUUUGAAAUUGUUCGUGCCGAAGAAGAGGUCGAGCCAGACCAGACUUAGAAUGAAUAGAAAACAGGUUUCAAGGCCCCCGUUACAACAUCGCGACAACAGUGUGCUGCAGAGGAUAGAUCGUCACGCUGAAGAAAGUCUGCUGAGGCAACCCGAAGGUGGCAAAGAUUGUCUUCUGAGGGAAAGGUUGACAGCUCGCACUUAUGUAGUACCUACGAACAAUUUGCAGAUCUGCAGCAGCCCAGAACUGAACAGAAACACAGGACAGCUUCAAGAGCAGCAUUCAAGCAGUCGCAAGAGAGGAGCGGAGUUUGGUCCCAGCGAUGUACCUCUGGGUAACGCAGUAGCACAGUCCAAAGAGCCGACUGAGCAAAUGCCGACGGAAAUCGGAAGCAGUGCAGCCAGCUUGCCAGCACUGCAAGGCAGCGGUUGUACAGAUACGGAGGCAGCAGACCAGGGGGACAUCCUUCAACGUUCACUCAAGGUACUACGAAUCGAGGGCCUAGAAGGCGACCUCGGCACCGAGCCCGAGACUAACUUUGUGAGCCAUCCCGACUUUGGAAGCCAGGCUUAUUACGACUGGCUGUCGGGCUUCACGUCCACCUGUAACCUUGCCACGUUGCCUUUAGACACGGAGAUGUUCACGAAGGUGACCCAAGUGCUGAAGACUGUCAGUGAUGCGCUCGCGACGCCGUCGGGUGCACUCGCCUGUCGUGAGAACUUCAGGGUCUUGCUUGGAAUCCUGGAGGACCUUCAUAGAGCUGUUGGAAGCCACCUCAACUUUGUGCUUGAUACCUUGCAGCCGUCAAUGCUAUCGUAACUGUCAUCCCCUGUGUCCGUGCACUGCAACCGCCAAAGUGGUGCCAUUAGCAUCUGUAUGUACAGGGUGUCUAGCUGCUAUGAAAAAAGUAGUGAUAAUUUUAUAUAUAUGCAAAACAAAGUACGCAAGGUUCACAGUUCAGUUGAGAAGUCGCCAGCAAUUUCUUGUUGAUUACACUCCAUUACUCGACUAGAGUUAAUUAUAUGACUCAGUAAAAACCAUUCUAAUUGACAAUGUGUCAUUUAGGACAGCAGUCACAGAGUUGUAACCCUCCACAGCUUCUUAACUGACAGAAUGUCAAUGAGGCGCUUGUAGACGGUAACAAGGAACAUCUAAUUGCAAUGCUUUCAGCAAAAUGCCUCAAUACCUUUCACAAUACUUUCUGUACACAGACGAGCCUGGUCAAGUGUACUGUGCUCUCGUGGGGGACGGUUGCAUGACUGUGCACUAUUUUUUAUAUAUCUUGCAGGCCUUCUCUUAGUACAGCUGGAAAAAUUAAACACGCCUAUAAUACUGUGCUGCUUCUCUGUUCAAUGGUUCUUCUAGCUUAAUGACUUAAUGGCUAUUUGUAACUUAAUUAACAAUACAGAUCACUAAACUACCAGAGUGUCAUCAACAAGAAUGUUAAUGCCUUCUCAGUUCAACUGUGAACACUACUUUGUUUUAUUCACACAAAGUGAACCAUCUUCAUUUGUUUUUAGCAUUGCCUCAUGUUAGUCGUGCGACCUGAAUAUUUUCAUACUGACAUUAUGUUCAGGCUUAAAAGAACACUUCUUUUGUUGUUAUUUCUGACUGGUGCACGUAAAGCUUACGCCAUCCUGUCUUUCAUUUUCAUUGUAUUCUAUUAUUUUCUCAUCUCAAUCUACACCGAAUCUUCCUUCAGUGUAGCAGAAACCUUUAAAAAAUGGGCCUUCAAGCAUUUACCUCGUUCACCUUGGGUUCGCACAACAGUAUUAGCGGACUUUGGGAGAGACCUCUCAAUUUUUUAACAUGUGAAUCUAGUCAAGAAGUCGUUGUCGGGCAUCUCUAGGUGUAAGCAAAACAGAAAUGGGAAACAACCUGUGUGUGCGGUGCAGUGUCACCAAACACGGCUCUUGUUUUGCUCUAAAGGUUGUUGCCAGCUUGGUGCUGUGCUGGGGCGGUACUUUGUAGCGAUGCCUUUUCGUGUGUUGCACACAUGGCUGGUAGUCUGCCCUCGUUAUUGACAGGAUCAGUUGACCAUCACCGGUGAUCAAACUGGAAUAGGAUUGAGCAUCAUGCAGCGCUGCAAAAUACUGGCCCUGCCCUCUUCUUGUUUUUAAGUCUGCUUGAAAAAAAUAAGUGACCUUCGUGCUGAUCACAUUUUUUCGUGGACUUCAAUCAGCAAACAUCGUGACUGUGAAGCUGUCAAGUUCUCAAGACUUCCCCGUUGAGUGGAAAACCACGUAGUUAUGUAGUGCUCUAGAAGUCUAGAACAUCAUGCGUAUAUUGACGAGCUGUUUGUUGGCAAUCAUAGCCUUAUGAAUAUAAAUUAUUGUAAUAUCAGCACAAUUUUCAAACCUUUAUACAACAUUUUAAUAAAUAUUGAUCAUACAAAGUUUUUACUCGGUGCAUUGUCACUUUAUAUAGUUCUUAUUUUGGUUGUACUUUGAUUACAGU